CACAAACGGGUGGACCCACGGAAUCGUUCGUGCAACACUUGGCAGGCGGAACCCCACCAGAAACCAGGGAAUAAUUGUCACAUAAAGAUGUGCGACAGCUUUAAAAAGAACAAGAUGCCUGGUGGAGCCCAGUAGUCUUCAGUCAGGAGUGAGAGCAGACUGUAGGGUCAGAGGCAGCUACUUCUUCCAGCAUGGAGCAGCUCAGGGCAGAGUUUGAGAAAGUUAUAGCAGAGCUCAAGUGGGAGGAAGUUGUCUCCACUCUCAUGGAGGUGGUCAGCAGCAUGUUGUGUACCUCAGCCACUUCUCCACCUCCGAACCCCCCGGUGCCUCAGGGGCUCAGGUUCGACGGCCAUUGUCAGCAAGUCUCAGUUCAAAGCAGAGGUUACGGUGGGUGCGUUCCCACCAGCCCGCCUUUUGCGCAGCCAGGGCAGAUGAUGGCAGGACUUCAGUCUAAUCCGUACGACAUGAACGCAUAUGACAUCAAAAGUCAGGCAGGUGCUUCGCAGAAUAUAUCAGUACCUGGGAGAACACACCUGGAAAACUCAAGUUGGUGUCCAGCUGGGAUGAUGAACGGGAGCGACGUCUAUCAGAUGACAGGACCUCCUGUCUUCACCACUCCAGUAACGUCCACGUCCAAGAAUGGAGGCGUGGUUUACCACAUUGCAGGCACGCCCGUCUUUGCUGCUCCACCAAUAACGGCCACAAAAAGAAAACGAAGGCGUCGGCGCAUCCGGGACGUAGACCAGCCGUAUGUGAAGAAGCCGCCCAACGCCUUCAUGUGCUUCCUGAAGGAGCAGCGGCAACACGUGAAGGCGCAGAUGAAUUUAAAGGACAGUGCGUCCGUCAAUACUGUCCUAGGACAUAUGUGGAAGUUGCUGACUGACGAGGGACAGGCGAAAUAUUAUAAAAUCGCUGAUGCAGAGAAAAAACUCCAUUCCCAGAUGUAUCCUGAAUGGUCCAGCAGUGACAACUAUGGCAACAAGAGGAGAAGGCGCAGCUUCACAGCCACCAGCGGUGUUACAGAGGACUCUCCAGAUGAAACUCCAACACCAAAGACCAGCGAGGAGUCUGAAAAGAUGCGUAUAGCGGACAAGGUCCUGCACAUGCUCGGGUGCGCCUAGUCCCUGAGGCGGUCCUCUUGCAUCACCGAGUCCACGACAAGAUGAAUGUAAAUGAUUUCAAGUUCUGUAUAUAGUUAUAAAUACUGUAAAUAAGUAUUUUAACUCAAAUCAAGCCACUGAAUUUGGAGCUUCGAUUAAAAACUACAAUGCAGUAAUUAGAAAUAUGUUGUCAAAGACAACCACGAUGUAUUCAACCAGACAUCUGGAUUUCCCCAUGCAUUCCAAUACGCAGGCAAAAAUAAUCAAAUGUGUGAAGAUGUUCUGCACACAUCGGGAAAAGAAGUGACUAUAAAGCCAAUGUAUCCCUGUGGGAUGCUGAAUAUUCACAAAGUGAAUGGAACUGAGUCAAGAACAGGCUUCAAAAUACCAAUCUGGUCCAACUACUGUUGGCCUUUGUGUCUUAGUGACAUAAUGUAUGUGACUUUAGUUGCAACAAUGCUGAUGGCAAAUGACACUUACGGUGUGGCCUAUAAUUAAUAA